AUGACUUCAAAUAUUUCUCAACCUUUAAUAACGGAACAACCUACUACUUUAUUACUUUCAACGCCAAAACCAAAACCAAAACCAACUACUGAGAAAGUUGUUGCCAAGAUCGUUAAGGUUGUUAGACAACAUGAAAUAAAACACGAGAUUGGUGUGGAAAACAUGGAUAAGGAAAAUAAUCCUUCAAAAAAGAAAUGGACCUGGGUCGAUUGUUAA